AUGCGUUCGUCUAUGGUGUCCAUAGUGGUUCUGGGCGCAGCUCUUGCGACCGCUGCCCCAACCCGAGUCUCCACCUUGGUCAAGCGUGCCUCCAGCUCUUGCACCUUCAGCUCGGCUGCCAGUGCGAGUGCUAACGCCAAUUCGUGCUCUACCGUUGUGCUGGAUAACAUCGAAGUUCCCGCUGGCGAGACCUUGGACCUGUCAGACCUGGAGUCUGGCACCAAGGUCAUCUUUGAUGGCGAGACCACUUUCGGCUACAAGGAAUGGGAUGGACCUCUCAUCCGUAUCUCCGGCUCGAACAUCGUCGUUGCCGGCACUUCCAACCACACCAUCAACGGCGGUGGAGAGCGCUGGUGGGAUGGCGAGGGUACCAAUGGAGGCAAGACUAAGCUAAAGUUCUUCUAUGCCCACGAUCUGGAUGACUCAACCAUCACUGGCCUGAAUGUCAAGAACACGCCCGUCCAGGCCUUUAGCGUUCAGUCUGAUAACCUGAUCCUGAAACCGAAUCACGAUCGAUAA